AUGGCGCCCAGAAACAUCAUGACAUCCGUCCCGCAGCCUUCGCGCCGCCGCUUCGCCGCUCCCCCGUCCCCAGGCGGCCGAAGUGACCUCAUCCCUGACCAGGACGACAUACUCGCGGAGUUGGGCCUGCAAGUCGACGACUCGGCAUCCAGCGUGGGCGGCUCGACGACGGGCAUCUCAACGAUCGACUCAGGUAUCAGCGUGGACGGCAGUGGGAGCGGGGGCGGACGCCGCCGCCGCCGCAGGCGGAACCGGAACCGUAACAACCAGGGGAGCGAGAACAACGCAAUCAACAUUAACAACAACGGCAGCAACGGGAAGGGCAACUUCAACAAGCAGGCCACGUUGACGAUACCGCAUCAGGGCUGCAGCGACAGGGACGAGAGGCCCGUAAAAUUGAAGCUUGGGCUAGACCUGGACGUGGACCUGGAGCUGAAGGCCAAGCUGAAGGGUGACAUUUGCGAGACUGAGAAAAGGGCCGAGAGAAAGACGUUCUCCAAGCGCGGGUCGACGCGGGUGAAGCCCAACUGGCGGGGCGAGGUCGACGUCGAGGAGAUUUUCCACAUGCGCAUCGGCAGGUUCAGGUUCAGGCAGCGCUGGAUCGAACGAGAGGUUAGCGAGAGCCUCACGGCUGCGGUCGCAUUCUGCAUCGCCGUGGGCGGAUUCGUCGCGGGGCUCGCGGCGUCGCAAUGCCUUGGCUGA